AAAGAAAGAAAAGGUGUAGUGGGUACUGUCUGGUGGGGACUGGGGAGUAGGGAAGGUGAUUCGUCUGUUUCCCAGCUACAGUGUGUGUGUUCUAUUCAAACACAGUUUUUGUUUCGUUGGACUUUGGAGGCCUAAAAGGAGGGAUCCUCUGCGGAACUUGUUUUCUUUUCUCUUCUUUCCCACCUCUCUUCGUCUCUCAUCUAUAGUCUAGGGUUCUGUCUCUCUCUCCCCUUCCCUUUGUCUCUCUUGGCUAUGUGUCUCGAACUCUCGAUCAAUCGUUCCCUGGAAUUCGAUCUUUAUCUUGAAAUUCAAGGGCGAUUACUCGACUCCGUAGCCCAAUUCUGGAGCAUUUUCAAUGGAGGUUUCAGCUAUGGAAGAGACCAAGAAGACUGAGAACCAUCUAACUUCGGCUGCUGCUUUUGUGGAAGGCGGAAUUCAGGAAGCCUGCGACGAUGCUUGCAGCAUCUGCCUUGAAGCCUUCUGUGACAGUGAUCCUUCAACGGUAACUACUUGCAAGCACGAGUUUCAUCUUCAGUGCAUUCUUGAAUGGUGUCAGAGAAGCUCUCAAUGUCCAAUGUGUUGGCAAUCCAUCAGCUUGAAGGAUCCCACUAGCCAAGAACUGCUUGAAGCAGUGGAGCGGGAGAGGAACCUUAGGUUUAGUCCAUCACAGAAUGCUACUAUAUUUCAUUAUCCUGCCCUGGGAGAUUUCGAGUUGCAGCAUGUCUGUUGUCCUUUACCUGUAGGUUCAAAUGAUGCUGAUCUCGAGGAACGUAUAAUCCAACAUUUGGCUGCUGCUGCUGCAAUGGGUAGAGCGCACCACAUUGCUCGAAGGGAAGGCCAACGAAGUAGGGCCUCAGCUCAGGGUCGUCCACAGUUCUUAGUGUUCUCAUCUCAUUCUAAUGAACCUACUACUGGUCCUGUUUCUGCUUCUCCAUCUCAGAGAGGAGCAGACAAUGAACAGGCUCCUGCAAUUGUUGCUACUAGUCCAUCUGUACCUCUUGCAGCUGUGGGAGAAGAACCAUCAGGGCAGACCCCACAACCAUCUUCUGCCCAAACUGAACGAAGUCCUUCCCCAGCAUCUGGAUCCAGUGUCAGUGUAGUCAAUCGACAUGGAUUGUCCUUCAAUAAUCGGAGUUCUGGAAGUCAAUCUUCUCCUGUAAAUGAUGAUAGAGCUGGACCUUCAGAUUUUCAAUCUUUCUCAGAAUCCCUGAAAUCUCGAUUUAAUGCGGUUUCAAUGAGAUACAAAGAGUCGAUUUCAAAAAGCACAAGAGGUUGGAAGGAGAGGCUGUUCUCUCGGAACAACUCCAUUGCAGAUAUUGGUUCUGAAGUUAGGAGAGAGGUAAAUGCAGGAAUUGCAAGUGUAUCCCGCAUGAUGGAGCGCCUUGAGUCAAGAGAGAAUAGUAGAGCUGAUGAUUCUUCUGUAUCAAAUAACUCAGAAGGUCUAGUUGCAGAUUCCAGUAACCAGAGUAUUGCAGAAUCUCAUGGUAAUCACCUGUCAAGUGAUAGCAGUUCAUCCGCUUCUGCUGCUGCUGCAGGUUCUAAUUAGGAUGUCCUACAUUAUUGAACAAUGCAUUCAUUCUCGGCUUUCCAUCAAUGAAGGUAGUUGUAUCACAAUUCCAGGUAUUGGUGGAUGCUGAGGAUAGGAUGCAUUACGCAUCUUACAGACCAGUGAAUGAUCUAUAUACAUGGAAAGAGUAUUAUUGUCGUGGUCUGAUUCUAUUGUGCCAUCUGAUUCAGAAUAUGGAAAAAAAGGUGCUCCUCCCAUUCAGUCGAAGUUCUAAAUGUGUUUUUGUAAAUUUGUUUAUAUCCUAAAUUAAUUUCAAAAAUACUUUACUAAGUAUUGUCAGGAACAGUUGAUAUGAAACUAGCUUGUCGAGACUGUUUAUAAUUUCAGGUAGAGAAUUCUAUCAAAUCGUGAAAUAACUUAAAAUGUUGUAUUGUAGCUAAUAUAAAAACAAAUCUGCCUACGGGUAUUGUUGCCUACAAA